UUAGUUUCACUUCCGCACUCCGCUACCGUCUGUAGCCUGUUAGCCUCUUGGGUGUCCAUCUCUCCCAUUUUGAGGAAAAAAAAAGCACGUUUAUUAUCCAGGACUGGAAAGCGAGCAGCUAACGACGUUCAUAUUUAUAACCCCUGACUACAUUCAGAUACACUAUUUUAUCUGCAUAACAAAGCAGUAGCUUUCUUGCUGAUAAAGUCAACCAGGAAGCGACGUUAGCGCGAGGAAGCUCACUACAUCAUCAACUGGCUGCAUUUUUAAACAUCUGUUCGCUUGUAUGCUUAACUGUAACUAACAGAGGAGCUUUCCCCACUCAUUAACAGCAGGAGAAGUCAUGAAGGUGCUCAUGUGUCCCAGUGGAAGGCUUUUCCUGGUCUGGACUCUGGCGGUUCAGCUGGUCCUGUGUGGGAGUGGGGUGUACGGCUCUGACGACAUCAAAAACUGUAAACUGUUCUUUGACUCUCCCUCUGAAAAAAAAGCCCUCAGUCGACUAGAGCCCCUCACCCAUAAGAACUUUACAGCACAGACCAAGAAUAAAGAAGAGAGUUACACGUACUACUUCCAGUUGUGUGGGGAUGCAGGGGGUGUUCCAGGAGCUGGGGUUAUUCAAGUGGACAGCAAGGAAACAGGGAAGAAACCAACUGUGAUUGGCAUGUAUAAUGCAACACAAGUCAUUGGAGGAAGUGACUGGGUGAUGUUGAUCUACAGAAAUGGCGACCCAUAUGAUGCCCACUGUUCCAAGGAAAUGAGGAAAGCCAUUGUUAUGAUCUCUUGCAACAGGAAUACAGACAUGGGCAAGCUGCAGGUGGUUCUGGAGGACAGGAAUAGGGAGCAUGACUGUUUCUACCUGUUUGAACUGGACUCCAGUGCGGUGUGCCCAGCUCUUCAGUCCAAGCUCAGCACUGGCUCCAUAUUACUCAUCAUUGGGGUCUGUCUUCUGGCUGUUUACCUCAUUGGAGGUUUCCUCUACCAGCGGCUGAUUGUUGGAGCCAAAGGGAUGGAACAGCUCCCCAAUUAUGCCUUCUGGGUGGAAGUUGGCAACCUUUCAGCAGAUGGGUGUGACUUUGUGUGCCGAUCACGAAAUCGUGAGGAAUCCCCAGCUUACAGAGGAGUGGCUCAAGAAUCUGUAGAGGACGAGCCAGAAGAGAGAGAUGACCACUUACUACCUAUGUGACCUUAAUAUGACAGAAAUGGGACAGAAAUUUUCACUGUGUCACAGUUUACUCUUUCACAGGAUAGAUGAAAUUGCUGCUAGACACAAGUCUGCUUUCGUUUGCUGGUUUAGGUCAGGACCUGUUCACACUUCGUUCAUAUUCAGACUUGUGCUUAGAGCAACCACAGGUGCUCUGCUUGUCACUUAAGAGGGCAUGUUACUCAUCGGGCUGACAGGCUUAUAGUCACUCUAAACCAUGCAUUGCUUGAUGUUUGAUGUCAGACAAAUGAGCAAUUCAUCCAAAGUUGCAAAGUAACAGUAAAGAGUAACUCUUCUUACAGGGAACACAAACAGGAGAGGUCAAGUUGUUGGAUUUCUGCCUAAUCUAAACUUAAUGACAUUUUGCCCAUCUUUUUCUGCUUGGCUAAGUAUUGAUGUUGUUUGAUAUAUGUGCAGGCUGCAGCAAGCUCUCUUUCCUUUGGUGCUUGUUGUGCACUGACAGUUGCCGGUCACAAAACACACAAGUGCUUUUGCUUGUGUAAUCUGGCUUUAAACAGUUUGUGUUUUGUUUUGAAAGUAGAGAAAGUAGAGUAAUAUGAGAAUGUAAAGGUUUAAUUUGAAGUACUGCGACUAUGCUUACAGCAAUGCUACACAAAUGGAAAUCAUGGCAAGAAACAUGUGGAAUGAAUUAGAUAUUUAGUUGGGUAUUCCCCCCCCACAUUAUAGGGACAAGAUUCUACAUCAGUGUUAAUAUCCCCUUAAAAUUAUUUGUAUUGUCAUCUUCCUGACUGAAAUCUGAGCUUGACAGUUGUUAAUCCUCCUCUUAAACAUUUGUCAGAUGAGCAAUGCCAUUAAAUUCCUUUGCUAAACCUGCCUUAUUAAUGCUACUUUCCAGUUAAAGGCAAUUAGAAGGGAUUUAUAUAUGAAUUUUGCUAUUCAUAAUUUUGAUUUCCAAAAGUAUGGUAUAUAUGUAGAAUAUGUACUUGUAUUUUUUGUAGAAUAAAUUAACAUUCACUACAAAAGAUCAAUGUUCAAUCACAGAACUAUUUAAUAAUGAGUAUUAUAGUGGGCAAACUCUGAUCUGUCUGCCUGCAUGAUAAAACAUGCAGGCCCCAAACACCAGAUACACUGCGAGGUACAUACACCAACCUUAUAGUCUGUAGACACAUAUUUGACCAAAUACUCAGGCCGCUUUGUGUCUGAUAUAUUACUUCUUUUCUAAGAUACGUAGAGUGGCAACAAAAGCACUUAAUCUAAAGUAAUUCUCUUGUAUCAAAAAAAUAUAUCUGUAAAAAUGUUAUAGUUCUGAGGACAUUGAUAAUGAGGUUUGUGAUAUUUGCUGCUAGACACAAAUCUAUUCUAAUUACUAAUGCUGCUAAGGAUUAAUGCAGGCUUUUUGAACUUGAUGGAAAAACUCAUGGUAGGAAGUGUAGGCACUAUAUUACUGUCAGCAUGAGCACUUCUGUUUGUUUCUAUCAUUUGCUUUUUGUGUUUAUUAAUGUUGACAUUUCUUUGCUUAGUUCAGUGAAUUAUCUCCUGAAUUAUGAUCUGGUGGGAAUGGUUUAUUCUGUGGUUGUAGUAAACUGAACAUCCUCUAGACUGAUAUAAUUGCUUGUUUGGUUCCAGGAUAACUUCAAGUCACACACCUUUUUGAUUUCUGAUUGCAUUAAAAAUAAAAAUCUGAAACAA